UCUCUCUCUCUCUCAGUUUUGUUUGGUAACUUCUCUCUCACCUCAGUUAUACUUCUUUGAUCAUUGAAAUGCUGGGUUAAAUCAGAGAAAUUGAGACGAAUCGAACGAUCAUAGCCGAGCUCGAAAACCUAGGGCUUUAAUCGAUCAUCACAAGUUCUGACCUUGGGAACAAUGUCGGACUACAUACCAACUGAACUUUUAGCUGACAUUCUUGUAAGACUACCUGUAGAAUCUCUGAUUCGAUUCACAUCCGUAUGCAAAUCAUGGCACUCUCUCAUAACAAGCCCUAGUUUCGUCGCCAAACACCUCAACCACAGUACAACAAACACUAAAAACCUUCUCCUUAAGGCUUCCAAUUUUGAUGAAAAGAAAGAGCGCUAUCUAUUGUGCCGUGGCGAUGAAAGAUUUAGUGACGAGUUCUCUGAACUGGAGUUUCCUUUGAGUACCCCAUUUGGGCAUAAUACAAUACUGGGUAGUUGCAAUGGUUUGCUAUGUAUGGUCAAUGCCGAUUUGUCGCAGUGUGUUACUCUAUGGAACCCAUCGAUUAAGAAAUCAGUAACUCUUCCCAUGCCCUCUCUGCCACAAAGUUCUCGUCGCAGGCUUGUUUUGGGAUUUGGUGCCCACCCCAAGACUCAUGAAUACAUGGUGGUGUUUAUUGUUUACGAGAUGGCGGAUGUAAUGCCGCGGAAAUUUCCUUCCAAUGUUUUGCUUUACACCCAGGGCACAGGAUCGUGGAGAUCCAUCCCUUCUGUUGGUCAUCCACAUUGCCUAGCGUGUGAUGAUUGGUUUCCGGCUUUUGUUAAUGGAUCCGUACACUGGAUUGCACUUGACAUGAGAGCUUUCGAUGAUGGUAUCCGUAGCUUGAUAGUGUUGUUCAAUAUGGGUUCUCAAGCAUUCUCUGUUGUGAUGAUGCCUGCCGCUCUAGUCAGUGAAAGCCCAUUGCGCCUGUCCAUUAUGUCAUAUGGAGAAUCACUGGCGGUGUUAUGUCAUGGAAGUUCGGCUGGGGGUUCUUCUUCUAUAUGGGUGAUGAAAGAAUACGGAGUAGCAGAAUCUUGGGCUAAAUUAUACACUAUUACUCUUCCAGGAGUGUUAGACCAGAUAAGGGGAUUUAGGGAAAAUGGUGAAGUUCUGGUAUCGACAAGUGACAAUCGGCUACUUUGUUACGACUGUGAGACCAAAACUUUUGCAAAUACUGGAUAUACCGGGAGUUCGGAUGCAUUUUCAGCUUAUACUUUCAUGGAAUCCCUAGUUUUAGUGCAACCAGGAAAUGGUUUCAUCUAGGGGUAGUUGAUUCCUUUGUGAUGCUAUGCUUCCAAACUCCAAGAGAGCAAACGAAUAAGCUGAAAGAGCGGCAAUUUUGAAGAAUCCUUGUCCAACAAAAGAUUUGGGAAACAAAACCAUGUCUGCACCCAGAAUCUCAAUAUUUUGUCCAUGUGCAUACAAACAUAAGCACUCAUUUCGUUGCUAUAGAAUAUUAGUAUGUACUGAUAACUAUGUGAUGUUUUGUUGAUUAUACUAGUUGGGUUAUCUCUUA